AUGCUCCUAGGGAAAAAGAACCCUGCCUGCUCGUCCGGCUACUCACCGGGUUUGGCUGAACUGAGCACUCUCGCCAAGUUUGAUCGCUUCUCCAGCGUUGCCAGCGUUGCCGUUCUACAGCCCCGUCAUUUUCUUUCUCUCCGUCAACACCGAGAUCCCGCCCGUCCCCCGAAACAGCUCGACCUCUACAUCGGCCUCAUGGCUGCACCCCGCGUCUUCAUCGUCCGCCACGGCGAGACCGAGUGGUCACUCAACGGCCGACACACGGGCAGCACCGACAUCCCUCUGACGGCCAAUGGCCAGAAGAGAGUCAUUGCUACAGGCAGGGCUCUCGUGGGCGACGACCGUUUGAUUGUUCCCCACCAGCUGUGUCAUAUUUACGUUUCCCCACGAAAACGAGCACAACGCACCUUUGAACUGCUCAAUCUUGGCAUACCCGGCCCACUACCAUGGCAACCGCAUGUCGAGAUUACCGAAGACAUUCGGGAGUGGGACUAUGGGGACUACGAGGGUAUCACAAGCCCAGAGAUCCGCAGAAUGAGAGCCGAGCAAGGUCUUGAAGGAACUUGGGACAUUUGGAAAGAUGGCUGUCCAGGAGGAGAGAGCCCGCAAGAUGUCACCGACCGUCUCGACCGUCUUAUCGCCGACAUUCGCAAAAGAUUUCAUGAGCCUAUACUAAAUCCGCCCGAGGGUAAAAAGCCACACAAGGUGUCGGGUGAUAUCCUGAUUGUUGCGCAUGGACACAUUCUGAGAGCCUUUGCUAUGCGAUGGGCCGGUAAGACUCUUCAGGAUGGUCCGGCAUUCUUACUCGAGGCCGGUGGAGUGGGAACUUUGAGUUACGAACAUCACAAUAUUGAUGAACCCGCGAUUCUCCUUGGUGGAGCCUUUGUUGUUGAUCUCGAAGAGAAGGGGCAGUAA